UCUCGACUCCGCGUAUUCAUCAUCAACAACAACAACAACAACAGCAACAAACCUGUUCAACGCACCACUCGAAAGCCUACUGCUUCUGUGUUCAACUCUUAAUUCAUAAAACCGUCAAGAUGGUCAAGGUUCUGCUCGUCCUGUAUGACGGUGGCACGCACGCCGAAGAGGUCCCCGAGUUGCUGGGCACCACUGAGAACGAGCUUGGCAUCCGCAAAUGGCUCGAAGACCAAGGCCACACGCUCGUCACCACAUCGGACAAGGAGGGCGAGAACUCGACCUUUGACCGGGAGCUGGUGGACGCCGAGGUCAUCAUCACAACGCCCUUCCACCCGGGGUACCUCACAGCCGAGCGUCUGGCCAAGGCUAAGAAGCUCAAGCUGGCCAUCACGGCUGGUAUCGGAUCAGACCAUGUUGACCUCAACGCAGCCAACGUAACUAACGGCGGCAUCACCGUGGCCGAGGUGACGGGCUCCAACGUGGUGUCGGUGGCAGAGCAUGUCGUCAUGACGAUCCUGAUCCUGGUGCGCAACUUCGUGCCCGCGCACGAGCAGAUCGAGGCCGGCGACUGGAACGUGGCGGCAGCGGCCAAGAACGAGUUCGACCUCGAGGGCAAAGUGGUGGGCACCGUGGCGGUGGGCCGGAUCGGUGAGCGCGUGCUGCGCCGCCUCAAGCCCUUCGACUGCAAGGAGCUCCUCUACUACGACUACCAACCGCUCAAGCCCGAGAUCGAGAAGGAGAUCGGUUGCCGCCGCGUCGAAGACCUCGAAGACAUGCUCUCCCAGUGCGACGUCGUCACCAUCAACUGCCCCCUGCAUGAGAAGACCCGCGGUCUCUUCAACAAGGACCUCAUCUCCAAGAUGAAGCCCGGCUCCUGGCUCGUCAACACGGCCCGCGGUGCCAUCGUCGUCAAGGAGGACGUUGCUGAGGCACUCAAGUCGGGUCACCUCCGCGGCUACGGAGGUGACGUCUGGUUCCCCCAGCCCGCGCCCCGCGAGCACGUCCUCCGCACCGCCAAGAACCCCUUCGGCGGCGGCAACGCCAUGGUCCCCCACAUGUCGGGCACCUCGCUCGACGCCCAGAAGCGUUACGCCGACGGCACCAAGUCCAUCCUCCAAAGCUACCUGUCGGGUAAGCACGACUACCGCCCCGAGGACCUCAUCGUCACGGCUGGUGACUACGCCACUAAGGCGUACGGCCAACGUACCAACAAGAAAUAAGGGGUCAGCAAUGAUGAGGACGGUGUUGAAAUGCUAAUGACUUGGACAAAGCGGGAUCGAGGGAAUGUCUGUCACUAAGGCAUCCCUCUUGGGCUUUUAUCCCUCGCGUGUGCGCAUUGCAACGGGCGUCGUGACGGGAACGAGAUGAACUUUCAAGUAUCCAGCACCCCCGGGUUUAGCGCUGUGGCGAACUGUAUGACAGAUAGCUUAGCAAUCAGAUGUUUCCAACAGAAAUC